AUGCCCAACUAACUGCGCAAAGUGUUCUGAAAAUGGUGAUUCACCAACGUGUGACAAAUGCAACUACGGUCAUUGGUUAACAAAUGAAGGCUACUGUUUAGCUUGUCCUGAUAAUUGUGAACAUUGUACAAGCACUUCACAAUGCACAAAAUGCAAAUCAGAAUUCUGGGAUAUACGGCCUAACAUGGUAUGUGGCUCUCCUUGUGACGAAACCUGUACUAAUAGCGGAUGCAAUAAUACAACAGGGUAUUGCUUCGGGUGUUAUCCUAGCUAUUAUGGACCUUUCUGCGACCAGAGUUGUGAACUGUGUACUAACAAAUCGUGUACUGGUCAGAGAUGUAAAAUUGGAUGUAUAAACGGAUAUUAUGGGAAUGCAGACGGCUUUGAAUGCAAAGGAUGUUCGGACCAUUGCUCGUCUUGUGUAAGUAAAACAAAUUGUACAAAAUGUGAAAAGGGCUACUACCUGUUUCGCUAUGAAAACAAUGAUUAUUCUUUUUGUACACCAUGCAAUCCGACUUGUGUAGAAUGUAUAAGUUACAGUGAAUGUGUCUGUGAGUCGGGAAAAUACGGCCCUGCUUGCAAUAAAGAGUGCAAUAUUUCAAACUGCAAAAGCUGCAUCGAUGUUGACAGUGUUGUAAAAUGUACAGAAUGUAUAAACGGAUACGCAUUUUUGAACGGAUAUUGUAUUCUUGAAACAAAUCUUUGCUCACAAUACUGUUCUAAUGGUUGCGAUAGCAACCAAAAUUGUUUAUAUGGCUGCGAAAACGGCUGGACUGGCCAGAAAUGCACAGAAAGGUGUGCUGCACAAUGCGGAAAGUGCAGUCAAAAUGAUGCAAAGAACUGCAAAAUAUGCAAAGGAGAUUUCUAUACAGAAACAUGUACUCAUCCUUGUAGUUUACAUUGCUCGGCUUUUCCAGACUCGCCGAGAUGCAAUAUAGAUAACGGAACGUGUUUAAAUGGAUGUGAUAAAGGAUACUGGGGUGAUAAAUGUGACAAUAGAUGUUACGAAGGUUGCAACUCAGGCUCAUGUUACCAGCCAAACGGAUUCUGUGACCUUUGUAACCGUACGCAUUACGGGAACUCUUGUCAAAGUAAAUGUAGUGAACAUUGUGUUGACAAUGAUGCCUCAUCUACAAUUUGUUACAAAACGAACGGCACAUGUGUCGGUGGAUGCAAAGAUGGAUACGGAGGGAAUACAUGUGAAGAUGAGAUGGCAGCCAGUACGAUGGUGUCAUCAUCAACAGCGCUGAUAUUCGGCUAUGGGAGCGUUAUCAGGAGUCCCCAGGAUGGCGAUUGACGGGUAUAGCCGCGGCACUGAGAUCAUGCUGUUUGCGUUGCGUUACAAGCCAAUCGAAAGACAAGCUGCAUAUAACCAUAAGUAUAAUCGUGCAUAUGAUGAUUGCUCUUUGUCGUUUGAUGAUGCCAUUGGACUGACGAGAGUUUUCCAUACUGUAAGCUUUGGCUUCUGAAGUCAGACUGAUUUGACUGAAUAAAGCGUGUUCUAAUAUACAGGUUUACAAUAGCCUCGUUUUCAAAAUAAGGCUGAUGUAAAAAGGGAGUGAUUUCAUUAGCUAGUUGC